GACAAGAAAGAAAACUCCAGGAUGAUGAUCAAGAGAGAUCCCAGAAUGCUAGUUGUGUACCAGUAGAGAGCAACCAGGCAUUGGAGACAUCUGCUUGUGAGACAAAGGGGUCUACAAAACUAUGAAUGAUACAAGAACUCUACUUGAUAUUGAAGAGUGCCCUGAUACUGAGGUACAGAAAAACCAAGCACUAACUCUGGAAGAAUGGCAAGACAAGUGGGUGAACCACAAAAUUGGAUUUCAUAAGGAGCAAGGACAUCCGCUAUUAAAGAAGCAUUUGGAUACUUUUCUUAAAGGCGAGAGUGGACUGAGGGUAUUUUUUCCUCUUUGCGGAAAAGCAGUCGAGAUGAAAUGGUUUGCAGACCUAGGACACAGUGUAGUUGGUGUGGAAAUCAGUGAACUUGGGAUACGGGAAUUUUUCAUGGAGCAGAAUCUUUCUUACUCAGAAGAACCAAUCACUGGAAUUCCUGGUGCCAAAGUAUUUAAGAGUCAUUCGGGGAAUAUUUCAUUGUACUGUUGCAGCAUUUUUGAUCUUCCCAGAACAAAUAUUGGCAAAUUUGACAGGAUUUGGGACAGAGGAGCAUUAGUUGCUAUUAAUCCAGGGGACCGCAAAUGCUAUGCAGAUACAGUGUUGUCCCUGCUGAGAAAAGGGUUUCACUAUCUCUUGUCUGUUGUUUCUUAUGACCCCACUAAAUGUGCAGGCCCACCAUUUUAUGUUCCAGAUGCUGAAAUUAAAAGGUUAUUCGGUACAAUAUGCAAUAUUUAUUGUCUUGAGAAUGUUGAUGCUUUUGAAGAACGACAUAGAAGUUGGGGAAUUGACUACUUUUUUGAGAAGUUAUAUCUCCUUACAGAAAAGUAA